AUCCGGCGGCUGUGGCCGUGGCCCCGGUGGCCGAGCUCCUCCUGCCAUGGAGACCACAGCGGCCCGCGAGGCCCGGGGGGCCGAGGCCCCACGCCUGCCCGCGCCCCCGCCCUCGCCCGCCGAGCCCCCAGCUGCGUCCCCCACCCCGGCCGCGCCCCGAGCCCGCCCGCGCCUCGUCUUCCGCACGCAGCUGGCUCACGGCAGCCCCACGGGCAAGAUCGAGGGCUUCACCAACGUCCGCGAGCUUUACGCCAAGAUCGCCGAGGCCUUCGGGAUCGCGCCCACCGAGAUCUUAUUCUGCACCCUAAACAGCCACAAAGUGGACAUGCAGAAACUCCUGGGCGGCCAGAUAGGGUUGGAGGACUUUAUCUUUGCCCACGUGCGCGGCGAGACCAAAGAGGUGGAGGUCACUAAGACCGAGGACGCCCUGGGACUGACCAUCACUGACAACGGGGCUGGCUAUGCCUUCAUCAAGAGGAUCAAGGAAGGCAGCAUCAUCAACCGUAUCGAGGCAGUAUGCGUGGGCGACAGCAUUGAGGCCAUCAACGACCACUCAAUCGUUGGCUGCCGCCACUACGAGGUGGCCAAGAUGCUCCGGGAGCUGCCCAAGUUGCAGCCUUUCACCCUGCGCCUGGUUCAGCCCAAGAGAGCCUUCGAUAUGAUCGGCCAGAGGAGCCGGAGCAGCAAAUGCCCCAUGGAGGCAAAAGUCAGCAGCGGGAGGGAGACCCUGCGGCUUCGGUCUGGGGGGGCCGCCACCGUGGAGGAAGUGCCCAGUGAAUUUGAGGAAGAGGCAUCUCGGAGGGUGGAUGACCUGCUGGAGAGCUACAUGGGCAUUCGGGACCCAGAGCUGGGUAAGGGGCCAGGCGUCCACCAUGGUGGAGACAUCCAAGAAGACAGUGAGUGUCCAGGAGUUUGCACGCCAUUUAGACUCUGUCUUGGGCGAGUUCGCCUUCCCGGACGAGUUUGUGGUGGAGGUGUGGGCCGCCAUCGGCGAGGCCAGGGAGGCCUGUGGCUAGUCUGCCCCGGGGCUGAGCGCAGCCCCAGCCCGGAGCCCAGCCCCCUGCCCCAGCCCUCCCGGCCAGUUCCCCAAGCCCAGCCCUGCUCUGGAGUCCAGAAGCCCAGAUCUGAGACCCAGCUCUGCUCUAGAACCCAGCUCAGCUCGGAGACCAAGCCCAGAUCUGAGACUGGUAUCACCUCUAGAACCCACGCCAGUUUUGAGACCGAGCCCAGCCCUGAGACUCGGCCAUGCUCUAGAACCCCCAGCUCAGAGACCAAGCCCAGAUCUGAGACCCAGCCCUGCUCUAGAACCCAGCUCAGCUCGGAGACCAAGCUCCCUUCUAGAGCCAAGGCCAGCUCUGAGACCAAGUUCACCUCUAGAACCCAUACCAGUUUUGAGACCAAGCCCAGCUCUGAGACCAAGCCCUCCUCUGGAACCCAGGCCAGCUCUGAGGUCCAGUUCAUCACUAGAACCCAAUCCAGUUCUGAGAUGCAACCCAGCUCCAGAACCCAGCUCUCCUCUAGAACCCAGGACAGCUCUGAGGCUAAGCUGAGCUCUGAUGUAAAGUCAAGUUUGGGAACCCAGACAAGUUUUAAGAGCCACCCCGGCUCUGAAAUCAAUCCUAGUUCUGAAAGCCAGGCCAGCUUUAUGACCCAGCCCUGCCUUACAACUCGACCCAACUCUGGAACGCAAGACAGCUCCAUGACCCAGCUGUUCCUGGACACCUGGUCUAGCUCAGAAAUGCCAGUUAGUUCUGGAACCCAGGUGAGACUCAAGAAGCAGCCCAGUUCCAGAAGCCACGUCAGCUCAGGAUUCAAAGACAGUUCCCAAGCCCAACCCUAUUCUCAUGCCCAGACCAGCUCAGGAACCCAGAUGCAUGCCACAGAGCAGCCCAGGUCCAGACCCCACCCCCAUACUAGGGCCCAGUCCAGCUCCAGUGAUGAGUCCAGCUCAGAGACUGAGCCCAGCUCUAGACCCCAGACUAGUGCAACAAGCAGGCCUGUCUCCAGAAUUCAGACAAGCUCUGGACCCCCAUCCAUCUCUGGGGCAAGGCCCGCCUCCAGAGCUCCACUUGAUGCCAAGCCCCGCCCUCACGGCAGAACACAGAACAGCUCUAGAACGUCAUCCAGCUCUGGGACCCAGACAGACUUCAAGGCUUGGCCGAUUUCCAGAGUUCAGUCCAGCUCAGGCACCCCACCCAGCUCCAGAACUCAGCUCAGUUCUAGAGAACAGGCUGGCUCUGAAAUCCCAUCCAGCUCUAAAACACAGUCAACCGCUGAGACCCACUUGAGUUCCAGAAUCCAGCUAAAGUCUGGUCCUGGGACCCAGGCCAACGCAGCAACAGACUUAAGCUCCACAGCUCUGUCGAGCUCUGAGAGCAGGCCCAGCCCCAGGACCCAGCCCUGCCUGGGAGCUCAAAAACCCUCUGGGACCCAGCUCAUCUCAGAAACCCUGCCAAGCUCUCGAAACCAACUCCAGAACACACCCCCAGGCAGCUCUGGUAUUGAGCCGGACUUUGGGAGACAGACCAGCUCUGGAACUCAGCUCAUCUCUAGAGCCCAGCCCAGCUCUGGGACCCAGACAAGUUCAAUAAUUCAGCCCAGCUCUGGAACCCAACCCAGCUCCAGAACGCAGACCAGUUCUGGAACCCAGCUCAUCUCUGAGACCCAGCCCAGUGUGAUAAUGCAGCCCCUCGCUGGAGUCCACCUCAUUUCUGGAACCCAAACCAGCUCCAGAACCCAGACCAGUUCUGGAACCCAGCUCAACUCUGAGACCCAGACCAGUGCAAGAAUUCAGCCCAGCUCUGGAGCCCAGCUCUGCUCCAGAACCCAGUUCAGCUCUAGAACUCAGUUCAGAUCUGAGACUCACCACAGCUCUGAAACCCAGACCAGUUCAAGAACCCAGCCCAGCUCUGGAAUCCACCUUAGUUCCAGAACCGAAUCUGUUUCUGAAAUCCAAUCCAGCUCCAGAAGCCAGACCAGCUCAAGAAUCCAGCUCAGCUCUAGAAAUGGGCUCCACCUACAGACCCCUGGCCUUGACCCCAGAACCCAGCCUGAUCCCACUCCCCCAGCCCGACCUCAACACCCAGGCCCACCACCCAGAGCCCCACCUCCAGGUCCUAGGAGGGUCUCUCACCCUCAGCCCCAUGAUCUGGUUCAAGGAGCCCAGGCCGAUACUGGCCCAGGCCGAAGCCCAUCCACUUCUGCCCUGGUGCCACAGCCGUGGUCCCCCUCUGCCCUGCAGAAACCAGCCCUUCCCCCCAAGCCCCAGCUGGGACCCCAGAAGUCCACCCUGCCCACCAAAUCUGUCAUCCCUAGUUCUGCCACCAGGGCGGCCCUCCUGCAUUCCCAGCCCCCUGAACCCUCAGCUCGGGGGCCUGCCCCCUUCCCCGUGCUCAGGGAGCCAGGGCCGGCUCCGCAGGCGUCAGAGCCCCUCCCCUACCAUGGGGGGCUAUAGCUUGGGGGUGACAUACUUGUGGCCCCCAUGCCCUCUCCUGCCCCUCCCAGCCUGGGUCCCCCAGAAGCAGCAGGUGACCUCAUUCCCCCACAGGCGGGGUGGGGGGGGUGAGGGAGGGUGGACACAGGGGCUUUGGU